UCCUUCCUCCAAACCCGUUAGGGCCGCGGCGGUGAGAUCCAGUGGAGGAUUUACCAGCGGCCCCCCGACGGGACGAGAGCAGCUGCGAAGCCACAGAGCUGACCGGGGAAGUCUCGACUCGGCCAUGGGGUCCUGAGGGCCUCUCUCCCUGCCCGCUCCCUUGAGCCCCGGAGGGUCGGGUCCCUGGCAGAGAAGGGAAGGCGGGCGGCGGCGGCGACAGUGAGGCUGGUGCUUGCUGUGCCGCGUGGCGGUUUGAACAACAAAAAAAUGAUGAUGAUUGUAGUAACUGGAGCCAUGUCAGUGCCAGAGUCAGACUCCCCGGCCAGCACCCCUGCCACAGCCCCUAAUUUAUCCAGGAUGCCUGAGGAUGGCAGCCUCACUGCUGUGGAGCAGCCAAUAUUCCUAAUGACUACAGCUGCUCAGGCCAUCUCAGGUUUCUUUGUGUGGACAGCUGUGCUGAUCACCUGCCAUCAGAUCUACAUGCAUCUUCGCUGCUACAGUUGCCCCAAUGAGCAACGCUAUAUUGUCAGGAUUCUUUUCAUUGUUCCCAUUUACGCUGUUGACUCAUGGCUCAGUCUCCUUUUCUUCACCAAUGACCAGUACUAUGUUUACUUUGGCACAGUACGGGAUUGCUAUGAAGCUUUUGUCAUCUACAACUUCCUUAGCCUCUGCUAUGAGUACCUUGGUGGAGAGAGUUCCAUCAUGUCUGAGAUUAGAGGAAAGCCUAUAGAGUCCAGCUGUAUGUAUGGGACUUGUUGCUUAUGGGGAAAGACGUAUUCCAUUGGUUUUCUGAGAUUUUGUAAACAGGCCACACUGCAGUUCUGUGUGGUGAAGCCCCUCAUGGCAAUUAUUACAGUUGUUCUUCAGGCAUUUGGAAAGUACCAGGAUGGGGACUUUGAUGUCACAAGCGGGUAUCUCUAUGUGACAAUCAUUUACAAUAUUUCAGUCAGCUUGGCUCUGUAUGCCCUCUUCCUCUUCUAUUUUGCCACCCGUGAACUACUCAGCCCCUAUAGUCCUGUCCUAAAAUUUUUCAUGGUCAAGUCUGUCAUUUUCCUGUCCUUCUGGCAAGGCAUGCUGUUGGCCAUUUUGGAGAAGUGUGGUGCAAUCCCUAAGAUCCGCUCAGCCAAUGUAUCUGUGGGGACUGUAGCAGCUGGCUAUCAGGAUUUCAUCAUCUGCGUGGAAAUGUUCUUUGCAGCUAUUGCUCUGCGGCAUGCAUUCACAUACAGGGUCUAUGCAGACAAGCACCUUGAUGCACAAGCUGUUCCAUCAUAUGGUCCAUAUGGACGCUGUGCCCCAAUGAAGAGCAUCUCUAGCAGCCUUAAGGAGACCAUGAACCCCCAUGACAUUGUGCAGGAUGCUAUCCAUAACUUCUCCCCAGCCUACCAGCAAUACACUCAGCAGUCCACCCUAGAACAUGGACCACCAUGGCGAAAUGGCAGUCACAUAAUUUCACGCUCUCAUAGCACCUCUGGUGCCCGUGACAAUGAGAAGACCCUGCUCUUGAGCUCAGAUGAUGAGUUUUAAGGGGUUGAUGGAACAUGCCAUAGCCUGGAACUUUCCUUUAUUUAUUGAACCAGAAAACAGGUUAUAUUCCUUUUUUACAUGGUGCUCAAGUCAGGAUUGGGCACCUUCUGAUGCCAAUUGUAAGCAAGGACCAUUGUGGCUAAUGCGGGUGGUUUGGACUUUCUUUUCUAAAAGCAUAACUAGUGCACAUUUUACUUAAUAAAGAAAACAUUAAAAAACACUAAAUCGUCGUAGCCUAGAGCAGAGGUGCAAGAUGAGUAAAACAUAUUUUCUUUUGAUAGCUUUUCUGUUAUUGGUAAGGGGAAGGGCUGGUAAUACAGAAAUCAGGCAAACGGUUUCCAAAAAUGAGUCUGUAUCUUCAUUCAUUUGCCAAAUUAUUUGAAAUGAAACUGGUAGAAAUUUCUUUUCUGUACUAUAUUAUGAAAAGGUAUCUCCGCCCUCAUAAUUUUGAUUAUUUGAGGGAAUCCCAUCCUUAGCUGUUAUUAGUUCUAUUAAGUUUUUGAUUGUGACCAGGAUUUCUUUUAGUUAUAUUCCAUAGUAUGAUAUGUGCAGUUAGUCUCUGCAAAGAAUCCAAAGUGGGAGUGGGGGAAGACAAGAAAUUCUGAAUUGAAACAAUCCACAGAUCUUUUUCCUUUUAUAGAAGUGAAAUAUGGCAUUUGUGGUUUUUUUUGUUGCCCAGUGUUUCAAGAGAAUAUGUAAGGUAUUUUCUGCAAAACAAGACUUGUCCCAUCUGUAGAAGAAGACAUCUCUAUAAGAAGUUAAUGAUCAUAAUUACAGGGAAAGCUGCCCAAGAUAGAUGUAUACGGAUGCAUAUUUCCAAGGAAGUUGCCCAGUAAAUAGAAACAUGCAUCCCAUUUAUACAUUUCAUUAUGGGUGAGGGCCAUGUUGAGUCAUUCUUCUUCAUUCAUCUGAUCUGCCUACAUACCGAAUCCAAAUGUGCAAGUCUGCUUCCCUGCAUUGAUCUAAUUUGUGAUUUUACACACUAUUAGAAUCCUGUUGCCUUUUCUUUUUUUCAUACAUGUGUUUUCUUCUGGAGAAGGAAUUAUACAAGCAGUGAUACAGAAAUCUCUUGCCUUGUCUGUUCUUUUUGAGCUGUGCAUCUCUUGGACUUCAAAUUCCAGAACAUCUGUGGCAAGUUACCAGUUGUCCUUUCUGCUGUAAAUAUUUUACCUAUGUUAAUAGUUAAUUUUAAGUGCAGUGGGAUGGAAUUUGCCUAAGAUGGAGAACAUUCCAUCUUCCCUUCUCUUAUUCUUGUCCUGUUCCAGUCUGGCCAAAAGAUCUAAACAUAUCUAUGUGGUGUGCAGGUAUUAUUUUUGCCAUCAUUUUCUACAGCCCAUAAGAUUAAAAUAUGUAUGUAUAUUGUUGUCUGUUGACCUCAUUAGGCCUGUGUCUUUUUAUCUAAGAAUCACAGGCUCCCUUUGCAAGCAGUAAAGGGAGCCCGUGACUGCCGUCACUGGUUUUGCCAGACACCUUUUAAAGCUGAAAAGGGCAAUCAGAUUAAUUGCAAUAUAUUGCACGUCUUUGUUGCUGUUGUGGUUGUGGUUAAAUGUGCCUGUUUAACUAACAUUGCUGCAUAAAAGGGGAAUAACAUUAGACCCCUCCUGAGCCUCCUCCAUCAGUAAUGCUGGUUCUGUUCUAAGCUGCUGCGUCUCCCCCAGCAUGUUGCGGUUAUUUGGCACUUAUUUCUUAUGGUGCUUCUUAAACCCUUCAUUGGAGAGUCUAAAUGUGAGGAUCUCGGGGGGUUGAAUCUGUUGCUCCUUUUCUCUGUGCCUUAAUAUUCUCACCCAAAACAUACACACACAUGCCACAUCAUAGCAAACACAGAUUUCUACAUCAAUUAACAGCCUCCUUUGUCCAAGUUUCACUUUUUUGGACAAGUAUGUGUUUGUGUGGAGCUUGGCAAGUUUACUGAAACUUGUGUUAUUUUUCCAGGAGAGAUAGUUAAGCUGCUACUGCCACCAUGAUUUGCACUUCCCUUUUUCCAGAAGAUACUGGAUGGGAAUUGGGAUGGUGGAGGACAAACGCUCCGCUCAUGUUUUCUGCCUGAAAUAAUUAGAGUAGAGAACUUGGGAGAUGAAGAGAGGAGACAGAACAGGAACAUGUUUCUGUAAACACACAAUCAUCCGCCUUGCUUCAUUAGACUUGUACAAUAUAUUCAUACGGGCUGACUUUUAAAAUCCUAUCAUUGCUUCUAGGUACCCAGAGUUCCAUAAAGUGUCAGUAGAUAAUUGAUAUCCAAUUAUUACAUUAAAAUAGACCAGGGGUAGCUGAACUAUGAUGCUAAGUUCCUUGCCAGGAAAUCCUUAUCUUUUUUUUAGCAUUAGAUUGAGUCUUUCUUACAGACAUUUGCCAAAGUAACAUUAGUAUGUUUGCAGCUUUUAGUGAAGGAAGGUUGAAGAUUAUUCUUGCAUAAAUUGUGGAAUUCAGUCCCUGCAACUGGGGGUAAGGUCACUUAUCCUUUAGUACUAGCAGUAGGAUGACACUAAAGAUGAGAAUUUAAAUUGAAUAGGAUGACAUACGACCUCAAUAUUUCAGAGAGACAUUGAAAUUAGCAUUUUUCUGCUAUUUAUUAAAAUAGCCAGACAUUUUCCCGGCUUCUAGCUUGUGUAGAAGCCAGAAAAAGUUGCUGCUGCUUUAAGGAAUUCACUCAUUGAAAUUAAGGUGACUCUUAUAAGGCAGCAACGUAAUUUUUUCAGGCAUCUGUAGAAACCUAAACAAGGUCAGGCUCCUUUACUGAAUUGCAGAGCCUUUCAUGCGAGGCCCAAAGCACUUCCAAAUAAUGUUCAAAGCAUGCACAGUCUUUCUAUUUAUUUCAGCACUAUUUUGCUUCCAAAUAACUUUCCUAACACUAUCUCACUCUCAGUAUACCUUGCAAAUACUUGCAUGUGUGAAGAGUUUUCAGCAUCAGCCUCCUUUUUUAAUAGAAUGGGUGAAUAAUGUGACUGACUUGCAGAUAUUACAGUGUUGGGGAGAGCUCUAUUUUUUAUUUGUAUUAAUGUAUACCAUAUAUAAAUAUAUACAAUGUGUAUGAGCUGAUUACUUUGAAGCAUCCUAUAAGUAGCAGUUUUAAGUAGUUUGACACCUACAAAGCAAGUAUCCUAGGUCCAAUAAUAGUGUGACUUUUUCAAAACUAGAGCCAUAUGAAAGCAUCAGUACUGUGUGAUAGGAAGGGCUUGUUAUAUGUCCAUACAGAAAAGAGAUGGUCCCAAAAGGCUUCCUCCUUAGUAUGGCAAUGAUCGUCUGUCCCAGUUAGGGUUUCUCAGACUAAUCAUUUAAUACAUGUGCUUGCUUAUACAUCAGUCCCAUCAAAAUAAUCCUGCUUCCUGAUCAGCUCUUUCCUCUCUCUCCUUGGUUUUUUGCCAUGCAACAUACUGCGAGUUCUGUUUUUACUAUUUUUCCAUGUAGUUUAGAUAUUUGUAUAUAAAUGGGAGGGAAAACUGUAUAAUAAGACAGAGUUACCUAGUUUUGUACCUACCAUGUAAUAACUGAUGUGAGUUCAGAGACAAGCUGUUGUCUCUAUUUUGUUAUUUGUGAUGUUAUACUGCUUUGCGGAAACAGGCAAAUAUGACAAAUAAAGAUAUAGAGAUAAUAUAGAUUGUAUUUAA